CGCCUUCCAAAUAUUCAACUACGUAUUGACUCAAUCUUUGCUAACUUUCUCUUGGAUCAUUGAUAUUUUACAUUUUUGGUUAUAUCAAUGAGGAGAAACUACAAUUUGGAACUCCGGCUUCUACCGGCAGCUGCCGGUGGUUUUGGCUUGCCGGAUUGGUGUGGGAAAGAGGAGGAGGAGGAGCAGCAGAUGACUAUCUUUUACAACGGGAAGGUUGCUGUUUGUGAUGUUACAGAGCUUCAGGCCAGAGCCAUCAUAUCGUUUGCAAGUCGAGAAAUGGAGGAGAAGUCAAGAACCCUAUCUUCUUCUUCUGAACCAUCUUCCCCUGUCCUGCAAUCACCAAUAUAUGGUCCCGCAGCUGGUCUCUCCAUGAAAAGAUCUUUGCAGAGGUUCUUGCAGAAGAGAAAAAACAGAAUCCAAGCCGCAUUUCCUUAUCAUCAUCUCUAGAUAAAUUCGACAUCAAUACUGAGAAAGGCAUGGAAAAUAUACAUUAGGAAGGACAAAACUGAUUAUUCAAUUUAGUUUUAUUUGACGAAUUGCCAUUGAAUCUAUAAAUUAGUCUGAAUUUACAUA